AUGAGAGUUCUCAAGACGUCGUUACAUUGCCUCUUUUGGGUGAACAUGUUGGAUGAUGUUACCUGUGGCAGCAACAAGUUACGGAUCACAAAACAAGAAUGCUGUAUGGUUGGCUCAAUGCCUUGCAAUGAAACAGCAGCAGCAUCUACUGGAUCGGAUGAAUACCAGGUUAUUUGCAGCAACAAUGGUAUUGGGAAUACCAUAAGGUAA